CUGGGACUGAGGUGGGAGCGGGCUCCCGGCGCUGCCGUGCCCCGGGACGAUGAGCUCCUGCUGCCGCCGCCGCCGCAGCUGUUGGAGACCACUCCCCUUCCCGGGGUUCCUGCUCCUGCAGCUCAUUCUGGCCCCAGGUCCUGGGAUGGCUGCCACCUCUAACAGAUGUGAUACUAUUUACAAGGGCUUUGCUGACUGUCUCAUCAAACUUGGGAACAGUAUGGUCCAGAGUGGGCAGCCUGACAAGGGGGCCAGCCUCACACCCCCCGAGCUCAAAUCUAUCUGCAGGUCAUGGGAAAACUUUCAGACCUGUGCCAACGGGGUCCUGGCCAACUGCCCUCAGGAAGCAACUGCCAUCUGGGAGUCACUGACAGAAGAAUCCCGCAAGGUCCAAUACCCGGGCAACCUACAUGACCUGUGCAGCUCUCAGCCCUUCCCCCCAAGCAAUGUCAGGGGUGUGCCCAGUGAGGAAACCAACCAGGAGACUCUCCAAGGGUCUCCAGCUCCUGGCUCUCCUGCCCCAGCCCCAGUGCUGUUGGCUGCAGCACUGGCCCUUGCCUGCAUCCUGGGGCCCCUGGCUUAGCUCUCCCAGGAGAGAGCCUAACCCUCACAAUCCAUCCCCAAGGAGAAGCCCGAGACCUACUCCCAUCCAGUCCAAUGAUUGGAUUAAACACCAAUGUGUGCAGAGCACUGUGCUGGGGCCAGGGCUACAAAGACCAAAUCCCCUUUCUUGAGUCCGGCCCUUCCUUUUCUCCACUUGGUCCUGGGUCCUCCUGGUCUUGAGGAGCUGCUCAUGUCCUCCCUUCCUUGUCCUAUCCAAGGAAACUAUGGGAAGGAAUACCUCCCAGAGCUCCUGGCACUCAUGGGGGAAGGGCAUCUCCACGUCCCAUGCCCCUAUCCUUGGUACCCAUUUAGAGGGGAGAACAGGAAUCCCCUAGUUCUCUAGGGCUCCCUCAGCUCACCAAGGACAGCUCUGACUCCAGCAGCAGGGUAGGGAGCUGCAGAGACCUCUCCAAAGCAAGGGCUUGCUAGCCCUCCUCUCCCCCAGGCCCUGUUCUGUCUAUAGUCCUUGCCUCUGUUGAGGGAUCCCUGAAUUCCACAAAGCCUGGGGACGCUUGGACCAGAACUGGACACUGUCCCACACCAAUAACAUCCCUCCCUCUAUCCAGUCUCUGUCCUGGUUUCAUUAAAAAAGAUCUAUAUUUGUACUAACGGUCGUCUCCUUCCAGUGCUAGCCUUAGAACUGGUCCCUGGUCUGGAGCAUCUGGUCCAUGACCUGUCUGGGGCAUCUGUCUGACCUAUGACUGGGCCUGUCUGGCUCAAAGAUAUGUCUAGUCUAAGAUGCCUGAGGUAUGCAGCCUCUGACCACCU